AUGUCUCAAAACAUCAACUCACAAAGCUCUUUGGGAACAUCGACAGAGCUAGUGCCCUCAACUCCAAUUAGAAGAGCCACUUUGUCCCCAUCACCAGAGCUUAGCGCUAUGACCAAGCGCCCAUCGUUCCAGUCGGAUAAGAAGUUCCUCUCACCGCCGCCGUUGUCAUCAGAGAUGACUCCUCCACCCUCAACUCAGAUUCCAGGCGCCCCGCUUCGUUCUCGCUCACACUCGCGGUCCUUGAGCCCUCCAUUGAUCAAACAGUCUGAUCUGGAAAAGACCUUGUGUGAUGCCUAUGGUGCCUCUGAGAACCUGCCUACUAUUGAAGCAAUCGAUAACGCCAGUGAGGCUGAACUGCGCACUAUUGCCAAGGAUCUUCUAGCCGUGGCCCGAGAGUCGCGUAUGUCUGCGUUGCACUUCAAACUCCAAAAUAGCCUGGUCUCUUUCGCAAGCAAUGAAGCCGUCAAGCGCGCCGAAGUGGAACACCAGCUCGCCAAGCGCGAAGUUGAGAUUCUCCAAAGCGCCGAGUAUCGCAGUCGCUCGCGCCCUGCUGACCCCAUCUCGCCGAUUCAGUCCCAGUCUGGCAUGAAUUCCGAUUAUCUAUCGGCUGUCCAGCGUUCACAAGAACUGGAAGAGCUCAACACCGUUCUAGAUCGAAGACUUAGGAGGGCGAAGCGCGCUAUCGAUGAAGCCAUGAGUCGGUCCAUGGAUCUUGAGGAGCAGAAUCUCAUGCUCAAGCAGCGCAUCGGGGACAACCGCAAGCACUUUUCCCAGAUUCUCACAUACGGCAGCAUGUCGCCGGGUACUCAGCAUGAGAUCCAUAACAUUUGCCACGGCGAACACACAGAUGGUCUCGCCGCUCUUCUCUAUGCUGACAAACUCACCAACCAAACACAUGCUUAUGCCGCCCACCCUUCAACCUCCGUCCCUGUUACACCCAACCACUCCAAGAGCCAUUACCCCACAUCGACUGGGCACCCAACAGAGGAACAUUAUGACAGUGACAGCACCGUAUCCCUCUCAGCUUCUGAGGGCGCGGCAGAGCAGUUUGGCACUCCCCACCACAUGCGCUCCGUUGUCCCCAAGAGCAGCACAUUGCUCCAGACCAAGCUAUUCGGCCAAGUGCAGAAACCCGGCGUGGAGCGGCCCCGCUCUCACAAGCGCAAGGCAGACAGUGACGUGGAGACUACCACUACAAAGAAGUCCAGGACUACCGGUGAUAUUGGCCUAGGUAUCAAUGCUUAA